AUGUUUCAGAUUGAAGCUUGUAUGAAGAACAGAUUUCCAACUCAAAAUGAAAUGAUAAUUAAACUUAAAAGCAAGAAUACUCAACUCGUAUCAGUCAAAGAAUAUAUCCACAACUAUUAUAUCUACAACCAGGCAGUGUCAUCAAUUCCGUGUGCCACAUUAGCAUUUUUAAUUUGUAUGACUCUUGGGGGUGCUGCGUUCUACACACUUUUAUACUUUUUUGACACUCAUAGCUUUCAAACUAUUUACAUUCAGCGGCCGCUUUAUAUUGCAUUCUUGUCGGUUAGUAGGAUUGGUUCUGGUAGCUUAAAGCCAUCAAAUCCAUUAAUGCAAAUAGCAUCAGUUGUUUAUACAAUUUACGAUCUUGUAACAUUCUCAAUGAUAAUCAAUAUUAUAUGUGACAAGUUAAGGCAUCAUUACAAGCGAGCAAAUAUUAAAAUUAUUGGUGAACAUUUAGGGGAAUUGACGUCUGGACAUGCACAGUUGAAGAGAAGAAAGUCGAAAUUUGAGAUGAGCGUUUAA